AUGACCCUUAUUCCAACUCCUUCCCCACCCUGGCAAGAGGUCGCACAGGCCAAGAGACAAGCUAGAGACGCAUUGAUACCGGAAGAAUGGCGUAUCCAACCUACCGAAGCCGAUAACGUCAUAGAUGUUCCGAAGACUUGCGGUGUGUUAUCUCCCAAAGAAAUUGAGAUUACGGAGUUGGACGCUCCAACUUUGGUUGGGAAGAUGGUAGCAGGGGAAUUGAAGAGUUAUGAAGUCACUCUGGCUUUCUGUAAAAGGGCUGCGGUAGCUCAACAACUGACCAAUUGUCUCACGGAGAUAUCAUUCACUGCCGCUUUGGAAAAUGCGAAAGCGAUAGACGAAGAGUAUGCUCGUACGGGAACACCCUUAGGUCCCUUACAUGGUUUACCAGUUUCACUUAAAGAUAACUUCUAUGUACAAGGUGUAGAUACCACUGUUGGAUUCGUAGCUUGGGCUAACGAUCCUGCUCCAAAGGAGAAAGAGAGUGAGAUGACUAAGAUCAUGAGGGAGUGCGGAGCGGUAUUGUUCUGUAAGACAAACGUUCCCACAGCUAUGAUGAUAGCAGAGACGUACAACAACGUCUGGGGAUAUACUACCAAUCCAUACAACAGGAAAUGUUCAUCAGGUGGUUCGUCAGGUGGUGAAAGUGCUUUAUUGGCUUUGAAAGGCUCUCCUCUAGGUGUUGGAACAGAUAUUGGUGGAUCCAUUCGUAUCCCCGCUUCGUUCUGCGGUCUAUAUUCCCUCAAACCCUCUUUCGGCAGAUUCGCGACAUACGGCGCAAGAUCAGGUCUACCAGGCCAAGAAGCUAUUCGAUCGAUCAAUGGUCCUAUGUCUACUUCACUCGAUGCGGUUGAGCUAUGGGCGAAGAGCGUAGUAGGCAAAGAACCAUGGUAUAGGGAUCCUAAUAUGCUACCUAUCCCUUGGAGAGAGGUGGAAGUACCUGAGAAAUUGUGCUUUGGUAUAAUCCUGGAUAACGGGAUGGUCAAACCUACUCCACCUGUCACACGAGCUUUGUUGAAGACGAAGAAAGCUUUGGAAGCUGCUGGACACAAGGUGGUGGAAUGGUCACCAUAUAAGCCCGAAGAAGCCAAUACAAUCGUCAACAGGUUCUUCCAAGGUGACGGAGGAGUUAAGAUAGCUCAAUACAUCUCUUUAUCGGGUGAGACCUACGUCGAGGGUCUAUCAGCGUACAAAGCAAGACAUGAAGCUUUGAAAUCUACUCCACCUUUAGUAGGUGAUCUAUGGGAUAUCCAAUCGGAUCGAACAGCCUAUUGUAAGAAGGUGUUAGAUCAUUGGUUGAGCAGUAAAGAAGUCACUGGGACCGGUAGACCAUUCGAUGCUAUCAUCAGUCCUGUCACACCUCAUUCCGCUUGUCCAAAGAUGGCUUUCAACGAUCACGUUGCGUAUACCUCCAUGUGGAAUAUCACGGAUUACUCUGCUACGACUUUCCCAGUGGGAUCGGUGGAUCCUUCGGUCGAUGGAAAAACGGUUUAUGAGACGAGGAAUGAGGUUGAGAAGAAGAUUUGGGACAGAUACGAUGCUGAGGAAGUGGCAGGAGCACCUGUAUCUCUGCAACUGAUUUGUGGAAGAUUGGAAGAAGAAAAAGCCCUCAAGUUGACUCAUGUAGUAGCGGACGCUUUGAAGACUGCUUAG